CAGAGACUUCCAGGGCCGCUCCUAUGCGGUCACCACCGAUCAGCCAGAUAUGCAUGCUCACCUUAACCGCUGCAACUCAAUCCAGGUGGAAAGUGGCUGUUGGAUGAUCUACGAGCGCCCCCAUUACAUAGGACAUCAGUACUUCCUGAAAAAGGGGGAAUAUACAAAUUACCAGCAAUGGAUGGGGUUCAAUGACUCCGUCAAGUCCUGUUGCAUAAUCACACCAGGAAACCGAGGUACAGAAAGGAUACGAGUCUAUGAGACAAAUGAUGUGGGAGGCAGGAUGACGGAAUCCUUCUGUGACUAUCCUUCUCUCUAUGACGAAUUUCAUCCCAGGGACAUCCAGUCCUGUCACAUUUUUGAAGGAAACCAGAUUUUCUGUGGGCAGCCAAACUACCAAGCAUGAUGGUACCUCCUGAGACCCAGAGAGUACUGGGGAGUCACUGACUGGGGAGCCGUGACCGCCAUCGUUGGUUCCUUUAGGCCAACAGCAUACGUUCCCUAAGCAGCACACACUUCCAUGCUGUAAACUCGUCUCUUCAUUGAGGUAAUACUAUUUAAACAAUUUGUUGCUCUUUUGGGUUGGGAUGUUCAAAGUUGCCUAAUGGAAGUUAGGUUCCCAAUUGCCCUUCAGUGUUUAAGGCCCGAUCCAAAGCUCAUUAAAGUCCAUGGGAGUCUUUGGAUCAGGCACUUAAGUGGCAGGGUCCAAUCUGGCUCACCGGCCUAACACUAGUAGUUCCACGGAAAUCAGUGACCCGGAUUAACUCCAGAGUCAAGCUCAGAAAACAAAUAGGCAAAACACAGCUACAGCCAAAUUGCUGAAAUGGAAUUUGAUCUGCCGAGUGAGAUUCACAUAAAUGACUGCAUGAUUCUGCGCUUCGCAAAAUGGUUUUCAGUUCUUGUUGGAAGAGACGCGAACGUUCAUCUUCAGGAUGUUCUGAACGACUCUUCCCAGCAUGACUUUUCAGUCCUGUAACACAGAGUCAAUGGACCAUAUUCUGAACCUGCACUCAUUAUGACCUGUACCUUACUUCAGGAGAGGCCCCAUGAAAUCAAUGGCACUGCUCAGGGUAAGCAAGGGUGGCUGAGUUGAGCCGAUAGUUCUUUUGCAAGCAGCUUUCUAGUCCUGCCCAUUGUAUGCUGGGAUUUAUAGUCCUGAGACACACAAACUAGACUACGACAAAGCAUUUCUGAUUGAUUUAUACCA